UUGUUAUUUAUCUCAUCUGAGAAUUUACAGUAGUUAUUUAUCCCAUCUGAGAAUUUACAGUCGUUAUUUACCCCUUCUGAGAAUUUACAGUUGUUAUUUAUCUCAUAUGAGAAUUUACAGUCGUUAUUUAUCCCAUCUGAGAAUUUACAGUUGUUAUUUAUCCCAUCUGCGAAUUAACAGUCGUUAUUUAUCCCAUCUGAUAAUUUACAGUCGUUAUUUAUCCCAUCUGAGAAUUUACAGUUGUUAUUUAUCUCAUCUGCGAAUUAACAGUUGUUAUUUAUCUCAUCUGAGAAUUUACAGUCGUUAUUUACCCCAUUUGAGAAUUUACAGUCGUUAUUUACCCCAUCUGAGAAUUUACAGUCGUUAUUUAUCUCAUAUGAGAAUUUACAGUCGUUAUUUAUCCCAUCUGAGAAUUUGCAGUUGUUAUUUAUCUCAUCUGCGAAUUAACAGUCGUUAUUUAUCCCAUCUGAGAAUUUACAGUCGUUAUUUAUCCCAUCUGAGAAUUUACAGUUGUUAUUUAUCUCAUCUGCUAAUUAACACUUGUUAUUUAUCCCAUCUGAAAAUUUACAGUUGUUAUUUAUCUCAUCUGAGAAUUUACAGUCGUUAUUUAUCCCAUCUGAGAAUUUACAGUUGUUAUUUAUCUCAUCAGAGAAUUUACAGUUGUUAUAAAUCCCAUCAGAGAAUUUACAGUUGUUAUUUAUCCUAUCUGAGAAUUAACAGUCGUUGUUUAUCUCAUCUGAGAAUUUACAGUCGUUAUUUAUCUCAUCUGAGAAUUUACAGUUGUUAUUUAUCCCAUCUGAGAAUUAACAGUCGUUAUUUAUCCUAUUUGAGAAUUUACAGUUGUUAUUUAUCUCAUCUGAGAAUUAACAGUUGUUAUUUAUCCCAUCAGAGAAUUUACAGUUGUUAUUUAUCUCAUCUGAUAAUUUACAGUUGUUAUUUAUCUCAUCUGAGAAUUUACAGUCGUUAUUUAUCCCAUCAGAGAAUUUACAGUUGUUAUUUAUCCCAUCUGAGAAUUUACAGUUGUUAUUUAUCUUAUCUGAGAAUUUACAGUCGUUAUUUAUCCUAUCUGAUAAUUUACAGUCGUUAUUUAUCUCAUCUGAGAAUUUACAGUUGUUAUUUAUCCCAUCUGAGAAUUAACAGUCGUUAUUUAUCCUAUUUGAGAAUUUACAGUUGUUAUUUAUCUCAUCUGAGAAUUAACAGUUGUUAUUUAUCCCAUCAGAGAAUUUACAGUUGUUAUUUAUCCCAUCUGAGAAUUUACAGUUGUUAUUUAUCCUAUCUGAGAAUUUACAGUUGUUAUUUAUCCUAUCUGAGAAUUUACAGUCGUUAUUUAUCCAAUCUGAGAAUUAACAGUCGUUAUUUAUCCCAUCUGAGAAUUUACAGUCGUUAUUUAUCCUAUCUGAUAAUUUACAGUCGUUAUUUAUCCCAUAUGAGAAUUAACAGUCCUUAUUUAUCCAAUCUGAGAAUUUACAGUCGUUAUUUAUCCAAUCUGAGAAUUAACAGUCCUUAUUUAUCCAAUCUGAGAAUUUACAGUCGUUAUUUAUCCUAUCUGAUAAUUUACAGUUGUUAUUUAUUCUAUCUGAGAAUUAACAGUUGUUAUUUAUCUCAUCUGAGAAUUAACAGUCCUUAUUUAUCCAAUCUGAGAAUUUACAGUCGUUAUUUAUCCUAUCUGAUAAUUUACAGUUGUUAUUUAUCCAAUCUGAGAAUUUAUAGUCGUUAUUUAUCCCAUCUGAGAAUUAACAGUCCUUAUUUAUCCAAUCUGAGAAUUUACAGUCGUUAUUUAUCCUAUCUGAUAAUUUACAGUUGUUAUUUAUUCUAUCAGAGAAUUUACAGUUGUUAUUUAUUCUAUCUGAGAAUUAACAGUUGUUAUUUAUCCCAUCUGAGAAUUUACAGUUGUUAUUUAUUCUAUCUGAGAAUUAACAGUUGUUAUUUAUCCCAUCUGAGAAUUUACAGUUGUUAUUUAUCCCAUCUGAGAAUUUACAGUUGUUAUUUAUCCCAUCUGAGAAUUUACCCG